AUGGAGGCUUUCGAGCUGACCGCACCGCGGUAUCGCGUGCGGUGCGUGCUGGAAGCGUUUCACGCGCCCGUGCACGUCGGCGGUUGGUACGUCAAGCUCGAUCGCGGCGUGCCCCAGUCGCAGUGGAUCUCUCGCGAGACUGGCGCGCGAAUAGGGCGCGGAAGCGUGGUCGAGGCGAUCGAACGAGUGGUUCUGAAGGGACUAGGAUCGAAUGGGGCGAAAUUCAACAGUUCUGGUCGCGAAGACAUGGACGUGCGCAUGCUGAGCGACGGACGUCCGUUCGCGUUGCAGGUGCACGACCCCAAGACGCCGCUCGCGAGCGCGGAGAACGUGGCCGCCAUGGAGCGCGAAAUCAACGCACAGUCCGAUAUCACGGGCGUGCGCGUUCGCGGUCUGUGCUUCACGACGAAGGAAAACUAUCACGCGGUCGGGAUGAGCUCAGAAGAACACGAAAAAGAAAAGAGUUACGUCGCCAUCGUGCGCGUCUCGCGCGAGGCGACGCCCGAGGACCACGAAAAGAUCGCCUCGACGUCGCGCUUGGUCGUGCAGCAAUCCACCCCCACGCGCGUCGCGCACAGACGCGCGGACUUGGUGCGUCCGAGGACGAUCGUCAGCAUGUCCUCCGAGCCCAUCCCUGGAUCUCCAGACUCCUUCAUCCUGCGUCUUCGCACGCAAGCGGGCACGUACGUCAAAGAGUUCGUGCACGGCGACGCCGGGCGCACCGCCCCCAGUCUGGGCGACUUACUCGGCUGCAGGGCCGAGAUCAUUCAACUCGACGUCAUCGCGAUCAACGACGACUGGAAUCCCAGCGGCGCUCCUCGCGUCGCCUAG